GGCGGCGGAGACGUCCGACCUGUCCGGGGAGGAAGAUGACGACUAUGUGCCCUACGUGCCCGUCAAGCAGCGCAAGCAGCAGAUGCUGCAGAAGCUGCUGCAGAUGCGGCGGAAGGUGGUGUCGGAGGAGGAGCAGCGGGACAGCGGGAGCGAGCAGCGGGGUGACGAGGAUGACAUCCCCCUGGGGCCCCAGUCCAACAUCAGUCUCCUGGACCAGCACCAGCACCUCAAAGAGAAGGCGGAAGCUCGGAAGGAGUCAGCCAAGGAGAAGCAGCUGAAAGAGGAAGAGAAGAUCCUGGAGAGCGUGGCAGAGGGCCGAGCUUUGAUGUCAGUGAAGGAGAUGGCAAAGGGCAUCACCUACGAUGAUCCGAUUAAAACCAGCUGGAGAGCACCUCGUUACAUCCUGGGCAUGUCGGAGGCGCGGCACGAUCGCGUGCGCAAGAAGUACCACAUCCUGGUGGAGGGGGAGGGCAUCCCGCCCCCCAUCAAGAGCUUCAAGGAGAUGAAGUUCCCAGCAGCUAUUCUGAGGGGCCUGAAGAAAAAAGGAAUCCAGCAGCCAACACCCAUACAGAUCCAAGGCAUCCCCACGAUUCUCUCGGGAAGGGACAUGAUUGGCAUUGCAUUCACUGGCUCUGGGAAGACCUUGGUGUUCACCCUCCCGGUGAUCAUGUUCUGCCUGGAGCAGGAGAAGAGGCUGCCAUUUUCCAAGCGAGAGGGACCCUACGGACUCAUCAUCUGUCCCUCGCGGGAGCUGGCCCGGCAGACCCACGGCAUCAUUGAGUACUACUGCCGCCUGCUGCAGGAGGACGGCCUGCCCCCGCUGCGCUGCGCCCUCUGCAUCGGGGGCAUGUCUGUCAAGGAGCAGAUGGAGACAAUCAAACAUGGUGUACACAUGAUGGUGGCAACCCCUGGCCGCCUGAUGGACCUGCUGCAGAAGAAGAUGGUGAGCCUGGACAUCUGCCGUUACUUGGCCUUGGAUGAGGCUGACAGGAUGAUCGAUAUGGGCUUUGAGGGGGACAUCCGUACCAUCUUCUCCUACUUCAAGGGUCAGCGACAGACCCUCCUCUUCAGUGCCACAAUGCCCAAGAAGAUCCAGAACUUUGCCAAGAGUGCCCUGGUGAAGCCCAUCACCAUUAACGUUGGGCGAGCGGGUGCUGCCAGCCUGGAUGUUGUGCAGGAAGUGGAGUACGUGAAAGAGGAGGCCAAGAUGGUGUACCUCCUUGAGUGCCUGCAGAAGACCCCGCCACCUGUGCUGAUCUUUGCAGAGAAGAAGGCGGAUGUCGAUGCGAUCCAUGAGUACCUGCUGCUCAAGGGUGUGGAAGCUGUGGCUAUCCAUGGAGGGAAAGAUCAGGAGGAACGGACAAAAGCCAUUGAGGCCUUCCGGGAUGGGAAGAAGGAUGUCCUUGUUGCCACUGACGUCGCUUCCAAGGGCCUGGACUUCCCAGCCAUCCAGCAUGUCAUCAACUACGACAUGCCGGAGGAGAUUGAGAACUAUGUUCACCGUAUCGGGCGUACAGGCCGUUCGGGCAACACUGGCAUUGCCACCACCUUCAUCAACAAGGCCUGUGAUGAGUCGGUGCUGAUGGACCUGAAGGCCCUGCUCCUGGAGGCGAAGCAGAAGGUGCCGCCUGUGCUCCAGGUGCUGCACUGCGGGGACGAGACCAUGCUGGACAUCGGAGGCGAGCGGGGCUGCGCCUUCUGUGGCGGCCUGGGCCAUCGCAUCACCGACUGCCCCAAGCUGGAGGCGAUGCAGACCAAGCAAGUCAGCAACAUCGGCCGCAAGGACUACCUGGCCCACAGCUCUAUGGACUUCUAGCCCGAGGAGCGUGCUGCCCAGCGCUUCCCCUGCACGGGCCUUGGUUCCCUUUCAGCCGGGCCAGUGCCCCAGCUGCCCUCACCUUUCCCAAGCCCCGGGGCCUGUCCUGCACUGCUGUGGCCCCUUUUCCAGGCAUUUGGCCACCGGGGCUCUUGCCAGCUCAGCCUGAUGAAGCUCCUGCCCCGGGAGGAAACGUGUGGAGCUGUGCUGCAACAGCGGCGUGUUGGGCAAGCAGGUAGCGGUGCCUGAGGGGAGGAGGAAGCCCCAGGUGGGGCGACUGGUCUGUGGCCGGCUGCCCCUGCCAGCCCCCUGCA